UACUACCUGUUUCGAACACUCGGUCGACACGUUUUCCAAUUUUUCGGCUAUUUCCUAAAACGAAAAUCUUAAAUAAACGAACCCUUCAACGUUUGAAAUACGGAGUCUCAAUAUUCACAUUACAUUAAAUCUCUCAAUAUAGUGGUGAAGUGAUAAUAAACAAAAUGUAUUGUGGAGAAUGCUCUGAAGCGACCGCAGAGGCCUUAGAUGUUCUUUCAAAGAUGAGCGGAAUUUAUAAAUAUUCUUAUGAGGUUACACCGACGUCGACCCGAGCGGUCACCUACGACGAAGAAUCCUGGAAACCAUCACCAGAAGAUUCCUCCAAAGACAUCGAACGGUCAACCGAGGUCCGCCAUAGCAAAUCCAAGCGCGUAAAAAGUAUCUUAAAAAAGUGCAAAAACGUCUUAGGUAACAAAUCGGCAAGCCUAGAAGUGUCUACCGGUUCAGAUCCCUCUUCUUCUUCCUCCGGUAACGAGCGAUCUUCCUUCUGUCUAGACGAUAAGAUAGAAGAUAAGCUCAACGUAUGCCAGAUAAACGAGCUAGACGAUAUUUUCGAAGACGCUCAUGUUUCUUUGAACGUUGCCGAGUGCACGGGUGUUUUUCAAGUUGCGAAUAUCGUAGAAGUGAGAGGUCCUCCGGGUUCGGAUACCACCACGAGCAGUUCUGAAAGUGCUAAUGAUCAGAAGGAGGGUGCUGAAGAGAAAACUCCUCACAGUGAACCAGAGACCGCCUCUCCUGUUUUGAGUGAAGUGCAAGACAAGGAAGAAGGUGGAAUCGAUGGUGACAGUGAUUUGGGGUUUCGUGAUGUACACGCUGUGAUUUCCACGCCCCAGAUAUAA